AUGACGAAGAAGAAGAAGAGUUCUACAUUGACUUCAAAUAAAUUGCAAGAGAAUAAUACCACCAAGGAAGAGCAAAAGCCUUCUUCUCUGCAGAAAAAAGCCGUUAGUGAAAUUGACGAAAUAUUUGCUGGUAAGAAGAGAAAGAAGUCUGAUGUGAAGAAGGGUGAAAAAGCCGAUCAAGCAAUUAAAAGUAGUGAUAAAACUAAGAAAAGGACGAAUGAGAAGAAAAAACCGAAGCGGGCAGAUGAGAGUGAGUUUAUUGAACGACCAUCUCGAUCAAGAAAGAAAACGGAGGAUGGACUUACCAUCUAUACUGAAGAGGAAUUGGGUCUUAGUAAAGGGGAUGCUGGUAAUACUCCACUCUGUCCAUUUGAUUGUUCUUGUUGCUUUUGA